AUGCAAACGCCUUUCCUUCUCGACUCUUCCUUCAAAUCAAUUCCUCUCCUUCAAAUCGUUGAUUGCUCCUUCUCUUCUGUCCAGCCGCUCGUUGAUUCCUUCUUAGUCUUCUUCUUCCCGACUGAAAUCGACGACCUUCCACAACCCCUCUUCGUCUUCUUCAUCCCUCUCUCAAUGACUCUUCGAUCUCACCGCCAAUAUCGCUUUCUGGAUCCACCCACCUCUGUUCCAUAUUUCCAUAGAUGGCCAUUGAAGUCUCUAUUGUCCAUUGCAAGCCUAUCUUGCUUCCUCUGCCUGCGACUAGCCUUAUUGAGUUUUGGGUUUCAACCGACGGACAAAAUCGAUGAUUGGGACUUGACGGCAGAGGCGAAAUCUAGUAUGGGUUUCAACCGCAGUCGGACCUCACCACUGCCAUAUUCAGAUCCCGACGUCAAAAUCAACUGUCUCGAGGAUCGCCUUCACCCGUCACUAGUCGCUAUGAAGAGGAGGAGGAGUUCGACGCCUAUGAACAGAUCCAGACCCCCCUCCAAUUUGGCCGACCGUCUCCUAGAACAGAUCUAG